GGCCCGGCAGGACGCAGCUGCGCUUGGAGGAGGAGCAGGAGGUUCACCGACAUGCCCGAGGCAAAACCAGUGGCCAAAAAGGCCUCCAAAGGCAAAAAUGCUGCCACACCAACUCCCAAGGAAGCCCCCCCUCAAGAGGCUCCUGCAGAGCCCCCCAAAGAAGGUGCACCCGAGGGUGAGUCUCCCAUUGCCGAGGAACCCACGGGCAUUUUCCUGAAGAAGCCACAGUCUGUGUCUGUGGAGACUGGGAAGGACACAGUGAUCAUGGCCAAGGUGAAAGGGAAGGAGCUCCCAGAAAAACCGACCAUCAAGUGGUUCAAGGGAAAGUGGCUGGAGCUGGGCAGCAAGAGCGGAGCCCGAUUUUCCUUCAAGGAGUCCCACGACCCUGCCAACAACGUGUACACGUUGGAGCUGCACAUUGUGAAGGUGGUACUGGGGGACCGCGGGAGUUACCGCCUUGAGGUCAAAGCCAAGGAUGUCUGCGACAGCUGUGGCUUCAGCAUCGAUGUGGAAGCACCCCAUCAGGACUCCUCUGGGCAAGGUCUGGAAAGUUUUAAGCGCAUGGGUGAAGGGAAGUCAGAACUUGCGGGUGAGCUGGAUUUCAGUGGCCUGUUGAAGAAGAGGGAGGCGGUUGAGGAGGAGAAGAAAACGAAGAAAGACGAUGACGACGUGGGCAUCCCACCUGAGGUCCUGGAGCUCCUGAAGGGGGCGAAGAAGAGCGAGUAUGAGAAGAUCGCCCUCCAGUACGGCAUCACUGACCUCCGGGGCAUGCUGAAGCGGCUCAAGAAGGCCAAGGUCGAGGUCAAGAAGAGUGCAGCCUUCACAAAGAAGCUGGAUCCGGCCUACCAGGUGGACAAGGGCAACAAGAUCAAGUUGGUGGUGGAGAUCAGUGACCCAGACCUUCCCCUCAAGUGGUUCAAGAAUGGCCAGGAGAUCAAACCCAGUAGCAAGUAUGUGUUUGAGAAUGUUGGUAAGAAGCGAAUUCUCACCAUCAACAAGUGCACGUUGGCAGAUGAUGCUGCUUAUGAGGUCGCAGUCAAGGAUGAGAAGUGCUUCACCGAGCUCUUCGUCAAAGAACCUCCCGUCCUUAUUAUCACACCCCUGGAGGACCAACAGGUGUUUGUGGGCGACCGGGUGGAAAUGUCAGUGGAGGUGUCAGAAGAUGGUGCCCAGGUCAUGUGGAUGAAAGACGGUGUGGAGAUUACACGGGAGGAUUCCUACAAGGCCCGGUUCCGCUUCAAGAAGGAUGGGAAGCGUCAUAUUCUCAUUUACUCAGAAGUGAGCCUAGAGGAUGGGGGUCACUACCAGGUCAUAACCAACGGUGGCCAGUGCGAGGCUGAGCUCAUUGUGGAAGGUAUGGGGCAUCCAGGUUGGGUUGGGGGCCACACUGCUCAUGCUUCUCACAGCUCCAAGUUUCCCAGCCCCAAAUCUUGGAGAUGGCUUUUCUCUGUGGUGGUCCUCAGGUGACCUAGGCUGACCCCUUCCUUGUCCUUCUAACUGCUUAGGGUCCACAAACUGGUGAUUGAUGAUGUCCGCCCUGAGGACGAGGGAGACUACACAUUUGUGCCCGAUGGCUAUGCCCUGUCCCUCUCGGCCAAGCUCAACUUCCUGGAAAUCAAGGUGGAGUAUGUACCCAAGCAAGAGCCACCAAAGAUUCACCUGGACUGCUCGGGGAAGACCUCAGAGAAUUCGAUUGUGGUUGUGGCUGGAAACAAGCUGAGGCUAGAUGUGUCCAUCACGGGGGAGCCCCCUCCUGUCGCCACCUGGCUGAAGGGAGAUGAGGUGUUCUCGGCCACCGACGGCAGGGUCCACAUCGAGCAGCAGGCAGAUACCAGCAGUUUCGUGAUCGAGAGUGCCGAUCGAUCAGAUGAGGGCCGCUAUACGAUCAAGGUCACCAACCCCGUUGGGGAGGAUGUAACCUCCAUCUUCUUGCGGGUUGUGGACGUCCCAGACCCCCCAGAGGCUGUACGUGUCACCUCAGUCGGAGAGGACUGGGCUGUCCUUGUCUGGGAGCCACCCAAAUAUGAUGGGGGGCAGCCAGUCACUGGGUACCUCCUGGAGCGGAAGAAGAAGGGCUCCCAGCGCUGGAUGAAGGUGAAUUUUGAGGUCUUUACAGAGACGACAUAUGAGUCCACCAAGAUGAUUGAGGGCGUUCUCUACGAGAUGCGGGUCUUUGCUGUCAAUGCCAUUGGGAUUUCCCAGCCCAGUGUCAACAGCAAGCCCUUCAUGCCUAUUGCACCCACAAGUGAACCCCAGCACCUGAUGGUGGAGGACGUGACAGACACCACCACCACCCUUAAGUGGAGGCCCCCAGACAGGAUCGGGGCAGGUGGCAUCGACGGGUACCUGGUGGAGUACUGCGUGGAGGGCUCUGAGGACUGGAGCCCUGCCAACACGGAGCCUGUGGAGCGCUGUGGCUUCACCGUCAAGAAUCUUCCCACAGGAGCGAAAAUCUUAUUCCGGGUUGUUGGGGUCAACAUUGCGGGGCGCAGCGAGCCGGCCACCCUGGUGCAGCCGGUCACCAUCCGGGAGAUCGUCGAGCAACCCAAGAUCCGGCUCCCCCGCCAUCUCCGCCAGACUUACAUCCGCAAAGUGGGGGAACACCUCAACCUCGUCAUCCCCUUCCAGGGGAAGCCCCGGCCGCAGGCGGUGUGGACGAAGGGCGGUGCGCCUGUGGACACCUCCCGCGUGCACGUGCGCACCAGCGACAUGGACACUGUGUUCUUCGUGCGCCAGGCAGCCCGCUCCGACUCGGGGGAGUACGAGCUGAGCGUGCAGAUCGAGAACAUGAAGGACACGGCCGCCAUCCGCAUCCGGGUUGUGGAAAAGGCGGGGCCCCCCGAGAACGUGAUGGUGAAGGAGGUGUGGGGCACUAACGCGCUGGUGGAGUGGCAGCCCCCCCGGGAUGAUGGGAACAGCGAGGUCACGGGCUAUCUCAUCCAGAAAGCUGACAAGAAAACCAUGGAGUGGUUCACCGUCUGCGAACACAGCCGGCACUCCUGCUGCACCGUGUCUGACCUCAUCGUGGGCAAUGAGUAUUAUUUCCGCGUUUUCAGCAAGAACUUCUGUGGGCUCAGUGACUCACCUGGUGUCUCCAAGAACACGGCCCAGAUCCUCAAGACAGGUCUCACCUUCAAACCGUUUCUGUACAAGGAGCACGACUUCCGAACGCCUCCCAAGUUCCUGACGCCUCUACCAGACCGUGUGGUUGUGGCUGGCUACUCUGCAGCUCUCAACUGUGCCGUCAGAGGCCACCCAAAGCCAAAGGUGGUUUGGAUGAAGAACAAGAUGGAAAUCCGUGAGGAUCCCAAGUUCCUGAUGACCAACCACCAGGGGGUCCUGACACUAAACAUCCGCCGCCCGUCGCCCUUUGACUCGGGGACUUACUCUUGUCGGGCCGUCAAUGAGCUGGGGGAGGCACUGGCUGAGUGCAAGCUGGACGUCCGAGUGCCACAGUGAGACUGCCUCUUCACCUGCCAAGGAAAGUGGCUGCUGGGUCCUAACCUGGACCGUCCCGGACACUGUUAUCGCUGAGAACAUAAUAGUCUUGUCUCCAACCGCA